AUGCUUCGUCUUUUCCGGGCAAAUCCGUCGUCUGUGAAAGUCUGGAGACCGAUUUCGACUGCUGUUUACAGCGUACGUCAAAACUCUAGUGCUUCGAAACCUAUUUCGGAAAGCAGAGUUUCUAUUCUGGAAGUGGAAAAAGAUCUGAAAGAUGAAAAAGAGAUCAACGAGGUGUCCUUGCCAUGGUAUUUGAGAGAUGACAUCACAUCACUGCUUGUUGAAAAGAAGGAGAUACUUUUGCCCGAAAUCCCUCCACACGCUCCUCCUCAGGUCGAAGAAUUCUUGACUCUCAUGGCUUGCGACUACGGAAUGGACAAUAUUAUGUUGUUCGACAUGACCCAGUUGCCCGAUGACCACGAGUACAAAGAAAACAACAAAGAUGUGGACUUCAUUGUCGUUGCAACUGGAAAGUCUGAAAAACACAUCUACAAAGCAGCCAACGAGUUGAGAACACAUCUCAAGCACAAGUACAAUGCUAUGCCGUCGAUUGAAGGCAUGGUAUCGAGUGCCAUCACACCUUCCAUGCGUAGAAGACUUCUUAGGAGGGCAAGAAAGGGUCCUUUGGCCACAGAUAACGAUUACGGUAAAGCUGCCAAUAGCUGGGUCAUAUGCCAUCAUGACGGUAUUGAUAUGCACAUGUUGACUGCGCCAAGAAGGGAGGAAUUAAAUUUAGAGUCAUUAUGGUGCAAGCCUGAGGAUGCCGACAAGUUCUCUCAAGACUCGUUUGUUACUUCAGAAUCAGACCACAUUUUCAGUGGAAUCCGGAGGUAUCACACUUUUGCUCGAGCUUACUCUCUGGCAACUUCAGAUCUUGAGUCCAUAUACUACAAGCUACAAAGUCAGCCUGUCGAUGCGGCUGAAGAAGAAUUGAAACGUUUACAAAAUCUUUUUGAGCAGAGCUUUCUGCAUCCCUCGAUCAAAGACCAUGGUCUCCGCUUCCAGUUCUGGAAAACUUUGCAUUUGGCCCGGCCGGACUUGGUGUCAUUAGCUCAGGUAGAAGACGCUCUCUUGGCGAAGUAUUGCAGUGCCGAGAGCUUGAAAGCUGAUAUGACUCAGGAAAAAAUAGAUGACAUCACCGAGUACGUCAAGCUAUUGAUUGAUACCCCUACGCGGGACUCGCAUAAGGCGCUGGUAGAUUUGGCCUUUGAUCGGUUGUCGAAAAUAAUCUCUACUUUGUACACUUUCUCUAACGAGAAGUUCUCCGUGGCCAAGAACCCCCAACUUGUGCCCUUACUAUGGCGCUUGACUUAUGUCGAGGUGAAGGAGCCAGUAAUUGGAUCUCGAGAUGUGGAUCGCUUUAUCCAAGAGCAAGUUGCCGUGGCGACGUCGCCUGGACCAGUCAUUACCAUGGCCUCCAACAGAGCCAGGGACAUUUUGCAUCUCAUUGGCUAUCAUACAAAGACACACCCGGGAAGUGUUCCAACAGCCAGUUUACGUGAGCUAAUUCUUUUCACUUAUGGAAAUGCUGGGAAGUGGGACAAGUUUUGGCAGGAAUGGGACAACUACUGCUUUGAGAAAAAUUUCACACCUGCCGAGUCUGUGGAAAAAUGGACAAGAAUUUGUGUGUAUUUGAGUAUGCGUCGCAACAAGGCGGAAGCUCUCCGUUUUCUUGAAAACUACUGGAAUAACGCUUCUUCGGUAGCAGGCUCAGUCUACAAAAGUCUCCAGGCCAAUGGAGAAGAGUUUAACUCACCAGAUGAGCGCGUGGCGUUCAAAAGGGCUCUCACGAACAUGAUUGCUAUGUUUGAAACACCGGAAAAAGUGCCUUUUGAAGGUAUCCUACUGUAUGUCGAUCAGUUGUAA